UAAGUAAAUGGUUAGUAAUGAGAUAGUUUGCCUAUAUAUUCUAACUCUUCCUCUUAUCUAUGUCAAAAUAGAUAGUGUGUCUAUUGUCAAACACUUAGAAAAGCUUUUAAAACUUCUGCAAUCUUUUUCUCUUUCACUUCAAUAUAAUCACUUUCUUCUUCUUUUCUUUCAUAUAUGGCUGACAAUAACCUAAGAAUCAUCGUUGAAAGAAACCCUUCAGAAUCAAGGCUAUCUGAAUUAAACAUCAAGUGUUGGCCCAAAUGGGGUUGCUCUCCAGGGAAGUACCAGCUUAAGUUUGAUGCAGAAGAAACUUGCUAUUUGUUGAAAGGGAAGGUGAAAGUAUAUCCUAAAGGUUCGUCAGAGAGUGUAGAGUUUGGUGCUGGAGAUCUUGUCAUCAUCCCAAAAGGACUCAGUUGCACUUGGGACGUUUCUGUUGCCGUUGAUAAAUACUACAAAUUUGAGUCAACUUCUUCUUCCUCAUCUUGAUAUUCUUAGUACUAUU